AUGUCUAUAUAUGAUACUUCUUCCAACUUGUUCUUGACAAAUGCUGCUGUGAAGGCCAUAGCCUGGUCACCUCACCAGAGCAGCCUCCUCGCAUCUGGAGGUGGGACUGCCGAUUGGUAUAUCCGCUUCUGGAGUACUACAAGUGGGAAUCAAUUAAACCAUGUUGACAAAGGAAGCCAGGUAUGCAAUCUGGCAUGGAGUAGGAAUGUGAACGAGCUAGUCAGCACACAUGGCUAUUCGCAAAAUCAGAUUAUGGUCUGGAAACACCCAUCAAUGACAAAGGUUACUACUCUAACUGGUCAUAGUUUGCUGGUACUCUAUCUUGCCAUGUCAUGGGAUGGUCAGGCAGAGAAGUGGCGUAGGGACAGAAUAAACUCGCAGCUUGCUACUCUCAGUAAGCUAAUCCCCAAGUCUGAAAAGGUUCACUUGGAUAGGCCUGAAGCCAAGAACGCCAUUGGGAAGGAGAUGCUGAGAGGCUUACAAAACACGUUUGUAGCUAUUAUCAUUGGAGUUGGAUGA